AAUGAUGAUGCCACGGUGGGGAGACCCAGUUGGUACCGACUUUGCUGCCCUCGUCCGGGUGAUAAGCAAACUAUUCCCAACGCAAAUGGACUUUGCUGGUGCUUUAUACUCGUAGGCACUGUCGAGCAUUGAGAGUUACAUCCAACUCUCUCCUCAUUCUCUGUACGUCUAUACUAAUCCGAGAUCUCUGUGCUGUUCUGUUCUCGUUUCGCGAGCGAGCCGUAUUAUCAUCAGCGCGCUUACAAUAAUACUAAGCCAACAGCCAGCGUGCGAGCGUGUGAGUGAGUGUGAAUAUUAUUAUCAUCAUCGGCGUGUAUGCGCGUGUCUUUAAACGAACCCCGCACCUACAUGACUGACUCUGAUUGUCACAACCAAUACAACUUUUGUGCCCGAUAAAAAAAAAAUUUACGUAUACCGUAGACGCACCGAAGUGCAUCGUGGCUCCAACUCUGAUAACUGUUACCACCAGCCGUGGGAAUGCUGCUACUGCUGCUGACAUACGUUCAAGUGGAGCGUAAAUGGAACGAGUGACAUCGCACUGAGAGACAAGGACAAGCGACUUCUACGUCGACCAGUGGAGAAAAGUAUACUGGCUCUGUGGUGAUAAGCACUGACUUUAAAAACUUAAAAUUUCGUGUUAACUUUUUUUUGUUUUAUUCAUUUUAUUUUUUACUCCGAUACGAGCAAUCAUCAGUGGCUGGGAGUCGCCGUUGAAAAAUAAUUGUCUCGAACGGCUGAAAGUGCGGGCAGUACUGCAGAGAGAAGUAUCCGCAUUUUGUAAUUUUUAAAUUUUCCCGGACGUACGCCCGAGCGAGAUUGUCGUUUACAGUUGAGGUCGGUGGCAGUUGCCACGAGUGACACAGUCGAAAAUUUUAUAUACAUAUAUACAUAUAUACAUAUAUCCAUCCAUACAUAUUUAUCUGCCAAAUAUAUAUAUAUAUAUAUAAAAAAGAAGGACUUGCGUGUGUGCGAUUGCGACGCGCCGAGAGGAAAGGGAACGUCGAGCCAGAAGAGAGGGGGAACAGAGGAGGCGGCAUUCGCUCCGUGAAGUGGUGCCCCCUAUUGGUCGAGGCUCCCCCACCAGAAGCAAGACGGCAAGGGGACAGUGAGUGUGGGGCUGAUCGCACGAUUUUCUCCCACCAUCGGCACAUAGAAUUUCGCAAGGACUGAGUAUCGCGCCCUAUGAAGUCGUAGCGAGUUUAGAUUUGAGUCCGUAGUGAUCGGUACAGCAGCGGGCUUACACUGAGGCUCUUUAAAAAAAGUAUAAAAGUUUAAAUCCAAAACGGAGUGAGUUUGGGUAUUUUUUAAAAUAAAAUACCAAGAGCCUGGUAGAGUAACCAGUGGUGUUUCUGAUUGGUCAUAGUCGAGGGAAUAGUGGGUUUCACUGGUGGAAGAGAAACCAGUCGUGUCGUGAACGGCUUCGUGUUAACAUUAAGUCGUUGGUGCUGAAUUAAAAAUUUGAAAUUUAUCUAAAAUAAUAAUAAUAUUAUUUAUUAUUAUUAUUAUUCUGUUAUUAUAUUAUCGUGGUUGCCCUAGAUCUUGUGAUAUCAGUAACCGCGUGGAUCGUACGCAUUGUAUGUCCAUGCUGUUUGGUUGUUCCGUCACCGGCUGCAUACGAGUUUACUCGUAACUGGUAGUUGUGAGUACCAUACACACACACACAUCCAUCCACAAUCACUGAGGGAUUAAAAGGAGACAGAAGGAAGAGACACAGGGUGAAAUACAAUCCAUCUCACUCACGCGGCGGUUAAAACGCUCACGGACAGCAAGAGAAGAGGGGGAAUUAUUUUAUUGGAGUAAUAAGAACAAGAGGAACAAGCGCAGACCUACUGCUCGAAGAUAGAAAGAGACGGAGAUAAAUAUUGUCUGUCCAACGCGUCUCUGGCGCCCUCUAUACGUCGUUAAAUAAAUUACAGUUUUCACAAUGGCUUCCGUGAGAGAUACGGCGACUUUCUUUGCCGAGGGUACGGCGAGCCAAUUCGAACAUGUUAUUAAAUUGUAUCCCCAGGCAUUGAGACUCAAGGCCGAUAGGAAAACCAAGAAACCCGAGGAACUCAUUAAAUUGGACAAUUGGUACCAAAAUGAGCUGCCAAAAAAAAUAAAAUCCCGCGGCAAAGACGCCCAUCUUAAUCACGAGGAGUUGGUUCAGACAAUGAAAUGGAAACAGACACGCGGCAAGUUUUAUCCCCAGCUAUCGUAUUUGGUAAAAGUAAACACUCCCCGAGCGGUGAUGGCUGAGACGAAAAAAGCCUUCAAAAAACUUCCAAACUUGGAGCAAGCUAUUACCGCACUAUCGAAUCUCAAAGGAGUUGGCACGACGAUGGCAUCAGCACUGCUUGCUGCCGCAUCACCGGAGAACGCGCCCUUCAUGGCUGAUGAGUGUCUGAUGGCGAUACCUGAAAUCGAGGGCAUUGAUUACACGACCAAGGAGUACCUUAAUUUUGUUCAACACAUCCAGACUACCGUUGAGAGGCUUAACAAACAGACGUCGAAUGGAAAGACUUGGAGCCCUCAUCGAGUAGAAUUGGCCUUGUGGACUCACUAUAUCGCAUCAGAGAUGAAACCCGAGUUGCUCGACGGAAUACCCGGAGUGACGGAAAACGGUAAAACUCACUCUGCGAGCAACGGAGACGCGACUGAACCCUCAGAUGACAGCAACCAAGACACAGCAGUUGUUAAUGGAAAAGAACCGGCAACAAUUGAUCCAGCAGCGAUCGACGAGAACAGCACGACCACCUCCUUCACCGAGGACUCGAUGGACAAACCCGCGACCCCAAUAACCGCAGCGGUCGCCAGUGAGGACACAAAUGACUCGUUAACAACAAACGAAAAUGAAGAUUGUAGCAACACAUCACGGCCGACUGACAGCGAAGACACUGAAGACUCGCAGGACGCUCAGGAACCACCAACUAAAAAAAUUAAAAAGUGACCUCAAAGCCUUAAUUCAUCAUUAACUCAACAACACAACAACCAACACCACCACCACCACCCUGUCCACCAUAGCCUCGUGUCGGCUAACAUGACUCCGAUCACUGCGAGACGUUUUUAAUCGCGGGAGUUGCCACCAACUACUAAAUUUAAUUAAGAAAAAAUAAAAAAUGCAUUCAUUAAUAAAUAAUUAUCACCAUCACCUCAGGGUCGCGAAAGUAAUAUCCGAACUAAAACUUUCCCAAUUUUACAUUAUUAAUAAUUAAUAAAUAAAUAAAAAUAAAAAUAUUCUCCUUCGUUUUCUCAUCCUACUUAGGAUCACAUAUUUAAUUAUUAUUAUUAAAUAUAAUUAUAAAUAAAAAAAAAAAAAUUGAUACAAAUAAAAAAAAGGCCAAUGUUCUUUCGUUUUAAAAAUAGACACUUCUGGCUUGUGCUCCUCUGUGUCUUUGUAAUUUUAUUAUUACAAAAUUAUAAAAUUAUAUGAGAUUAACAUCACGCUAAUUAAAAUGAAUUACUUAUAAAAACAAUCUGUAUAUUUAAUAAAUUUUUUUAGAUUUAUUUGUCCGAGUUUGUGUUUAAGACACCGAUAGUUUGUUGCGUGAUCGGAGGGCUUGCCGACGCUACUUAGAUCCAAGCACGAACAAAAAAAUAAUGCGUUAUUUAAUAUAAAUAUAAUUUAUUUUUAUUAUUAUAUAACUUUCUUUACUUAACUUUUUUUUUUCGUUCUUUUAAAUAGUCUACGGACCAGUUUAUAACUUUUUCUUAUGUCAUCGAUUUCGAUAAAUAAAUUUAUUGUAUUAUUUGUAAUAAAAAAAAAAAAUCGACCCAACGUGACCACGAUAUAAUUAAUUGUUUUUAAAAAACGUAAACUCCCGCGGCUUAUUUGACAGUGGCGUUAUUAAUAAUAAUUAUUAAUUAAUUAAUCUAUUAUUAUUAUAAUUAUAAUUAUAAUUAUUAAUUAUCGAAUCAUUACCAUAAUUUAUAGCUGAAAAAAAUUAAAUAAAUAAAAAACUGCAUGAGUGAUGCAUAAAGCAAACCAAAUACCUUAUAAGUACAUUAAGGGAAAAUAAAAUGUUAGCUUUCAGUCCACUUGAUCAUAAACAACAACAACAACAACAACAUUUAAUAAAUAAUUAAAUUAAUUAACAUGAAGUUUUAUGAAUAAGGGAGAGAGAUAAUUGCAGAUAAAAAAAAUAUUUAACUCCACACACUGCACUGAGAUUUUUUUGUACAGGGAUAUUAAAAUAAACUAGUAUUUUUGCAUAAUAAUACAAUGUGGAAAUAAUAAUAAUAAUAAUAAUAAUAGUAAUAAUAAUUAUUGAAGUAACAGGAAAAAAAUUUAAAUCACAUGAGUACAUUGAUAAUAAUAAUAAUUAAUAGUAAAAAAAAGGAGAGUUCAAGUGUAAGAAUGGGGUGAAUUUUAUGUGUGAAUGUAUAUGAUGAUACAUUUGUAUGAUUGGAGAAUAUAUGAGAGAUAUUGUGAGAAUUAAUCAAUAAGUUUUUGCCAUUGAUGAUAAAUAAUAUUUCGUUAUUCAGUUUAUUAUUAUUAUUAUUAUUAUUAUUAUUAUUAUUAUUAAAGACACUGUUCCCGUGUUACAUAUAUAUAUUACUUAUUGUAAUUAAAAUAUAAAAGAAAAUGACAUCUAAAGGUCGAAAUUAAAUGCAGUUUUAUUAUUAAUUAUUUAAAUAAAAUAUACGGACUCUAAUGAGUUAAUAAAGUAGAAGAAAACUAAAUAUUGGAUUAAUUUUUUCUCCAAUCUUUUGUAUUUUAGUAAUUAAUGAAUUAUGUGUUAAUUAUUUUUUUUUUAUUACUAUUAAUUGUACAAUUAAUAAAUUUGUGGCGGUUUUAUUAAAGUAGUUAGUGUAGUUAAUAAAAUGUAUUUAUUUAGAAGUAAAUAAACCCGAGAGUCGAUCGUUAUGUGAUUUUUCAUCAUUAAUGACAAGGUAAAAUUAAUAUGACUUUAUUUUAUAUAUUAAUAAACUAAUUAUAUAAUUUAUAAAUCUGUAUGAUUAGCGCUGACAUUCCAUAAAUUUAAUAGACAUCAAGACAAGUCAUUAAUUUAUAUAUUUUAUUCAUUUACUGUCAUUAAUUAAUUAACACUUUAUUAUGCAUUAAAUAUAUAAAUAUAUAUAUAUAUAUAUCUAUAUAAUUGUGUGAAUGCGGUAUUAUUUUUAAGUCCGUUGUCGCUAUCGACUCAUUCGCACUUAAUUCAUUUAUUAAAAUUUUAUAUAUUUACGUUUAUUAAAUAUAUACGCAACUGUCUAAUUAAAUUUGUUUAAAAAAAACGAAAAAUUAAAAAAAAAAAUAAAUUGUAUAAUUAAAUUUAGAUCCUCGUUUAAUUAUUAAGUGUCAAUUUUUUUUUUGUAUAAACAAUUUAUAAAUAAAUUAGCGAAUAAUUAAAAAUGAAACAUUAAUUAAUAAUAAUAAUAAUAAAUAAAUAAAUUAAGUAAAUGAAAUUGUCAGCGAUGUUUUGAAUAAAAAUAAUAAAUAAAAUUUACAACCAGCGUAAAUUUUUAUCAUUUGUCACAACAUUUUAAAUUUUAUAAAUUUACCGCGCGCUUUAUGUAAUUAAUCGGAUGUAAAGAAGGAGCCUUUGAGUAAUUACUUAUUAAUUAAUUGUAAUAAUAAUUUAAAAUUUUAAAAAUAAAAUAAAACGUGCGGAGCACUGCCAUGGAGCGACUCGCCGACACUUAGAUCUAUAUUAAUUAAUUAAUUAAUUAUUAUUAUUAUAUAUAUACAUUUUAGAGCACUUAUUAAUUAUAACUUGCAUGUGAAACGUAAGUCCAGGAUAUGUUUAGUAAAUAAUUAUUAUUUAAAUAAAAAUAAAGACCGAGAUAUGGAUUAGUAGUAAGAAAAUAAAUAAAAAUUUAAAAAAUAAAGACUUGUCUUAUUGUACCUAGGAUCCUGGAACAAUUUACACUAAUGAUGAUAAUGAUAAUAAAUAAUUAAUAAUAAACAUCCUAGCGCUGGAUAUAUAAAUUUAGAUAUUUCACUUAUGGCCUUAACUUGCAGUUGACAAACAAACAAAAAAUAAAUGUACCGAUUCACAAUUAUUUAUUUAUAAUUAUUAAAUAUAUAUAUAUAAAUAUAUACUAAGUACGACUAAGGGUUGAUGUAAGGACUAAUUAUUAUUAUUAUUGUCAGUAACUUGUAUUAGUUUUAACAGAAGAACGGAUGAGAAAGCGAGUUGAUUAAUGGAGAAUAUAAAUGAUCUUCCCUUCGGUGGUGAAAGCUCGCGAUUUAAAUCUGCGAGCGCUUGUAUUUUAAAUUUAAAUAAUUUUACGCCGAUUGAUAAGACGGCUGAUGGCGGCAAAGGUAACAGCGAUUAAAAAAUAAUAAUAAUAAUAAUGAUAAUAAAUGAUUGUAAUUAUCGGAGCGAAUAUUAUGUACUGUAGUGAAUGAUUAUUUAAAAAUAAAUAUUAAUAAUAACAAUAAAAGUAA